UUUCUUGAUGGAAGUGCUGAGGAAGUCAGUUGACAAGUUUAAAGGUUAAAAAGUGUUGUAGAUGUGUGCGAAGGCUGUGACUUUGUCAUUAUGUCAGAUAAAAACUCCACAAGAAUAAUGAAGUCCUCAUCUGAAGGUGAAAUACUUGACAGGGAAGAAACACAGUUAAUAAAUGAGGCUGCCGAUUUUACUAGAGCGAACUCUUAUGCAGAGCCGAAGUUAAAACGCACCUUCACUCUUCCUAGGAAUCUUUUGUCGUCGAGAAUGAGUAAAAGAAGAGCUAAACAUAAAGAAGGUAAAGAUGUCAGUGCCUCAAAUGCGCAGACAAUUUCGGAAGUGCAAAAUACGGAUGCCCAAAAGUCAAAUAAAAAAGUGUUUAGAGUUCCUUCAUGGAAGAAGUUUAUAAACAAAGUGGUGCAUCAUAUGUCGACCGUAGGUGUUCCAAAUAAUAAAUAUGUGAGUGUUAAUUAUAAAUAUGACAGGCGUAGACGAGAUACUGUAUCGCUAUCGUCAUCUGAUAUUAGGGUACCACCGACUCGCCCCGCCCACCUUGCAAAUCUGGUAAACAGUGACAAGGUCCCCGGUGUAACAGGACUACGUAACCAUGGGAAUACGUGUUUUAUAAAUGCAGUUCUUCAGUGCCUCAGUCAUACCGAUAUUUUAGCUGAAUAUUUUGUUCUGGACCAAUACAAAGUUGACCUCUCCCGUAGGAAUAAGUUGAAUUCAAAAAAAUAUGGCACGAAAGGUGAAGUAACAGAACAGUUGGCCCUUCUCCUAAAAGCUAUUUGGUCGUGUCAGUAUGACCCCGAGAUCACCAACCAAUUCAAGAUAGUUGUCGACAAAUAUGGUAGUCAGUAUAGAGGUAACAAUCAACACGACGCCCAGGAAUUUCUUCUGUGGUUGCUCGAUAAAGUGCAUGAAGAUCUCAACACGGCGACGAAGAAGAAAUACAAGAUUAUUAAGAACUCAUUUGGUCGACCAGAUGAGGUGGUUGCUGCUGAAACAUUGGAAAACCACAUUCGCUGCAACAACAGUUUCGUGCACGCUGUGUUCCAAGCUCAGUUUAGGUCAUCACUAACAUGCCCACGCUGUAAACGGCAGAGCAACACGUUCGACCCCUUCCUCUGUGUAUCUGUGCCUGUACCGCAAAACCAGACGAGGCCCGUGUACGUCACGGUGCUGUACACUUCGCAGCAGCCGAGACAGGUGAAAUUAGGUGUCUCUCUCCCGGCUCACGCAGAAGUACGAGAAUUGCGUGAGCUGUUGGCAUCCGAUACAUGCAUCUCUGAGAACCACAUGCUGCUCACAGAAAUAGACGAUUUUGGCUUCCAUCGCACGUUUUCAGACACUCAGCCAGUGUCGAUAAUUAAGGAGACUGACCCUGUAUACUGUCUGGAGCUGCCACAGCUGAAAGAAGCGACAGAGGACAGCGGCGCCUACAUCCUACUGUGCUGGGUCAACUUGCUAGUUGUCGAUGAUCAAUGUGCGAGGUUUAGCAGUCCAUACACAAUGCAAGUUGGUCGUGAGACAUCUUACAAAGAUCUUCAGAAACUGAUCCUGAAAGAAAUGAACACAAUUCUUCAUGAUGAUGUUCUUGUCAAUUCACAGGAUAUUCCUCUGUUCCGCAUGCGCAUUGUUGAUGGGCUGGGAGGUUCACCUACGUUCCUGGAUCCCCUGCUCGACCACCCACUGUACAUGGAGGCUGUAGAUCAAGCACUUGCCCUGUGUGAGAAGGAAGCAGGGCCUCCUCAUCUGAAGCUGGUUUUAGAGUGGGAUCUCCAGGCCAAGGACAGCACAAUUGCUGAUGACAGUGACCAAAUGGAAGAACUUGCCAGUGUAAAGCAGCUGAAGAUGAGUACAGAGCAGGGCGGAACUGUCAGCCUGGAGGAGUGCUUUGAGUUGUACACACGAGCAGAAGUGCUGAGCGCUGAAGAUGCCUGGCAUUGCCCAUACUGUAAUCGCAAGCAAGAGGUAGUCAAGAAGUUGGGUCUGUGGUCUCUGCCAGAUAUUCUUGUGAUACACCUAAAACGUUUCAGACAGCAAUCCAAGCAGAGGUCUACAACAAAACUGACAACGCUGGUCGAUUUCCCUCUAUAUGGGUUCGAUAUGAAUCCUCACCUGGCUGACCGACCAAACGGCCCUCCUCCUCAAAACCUGUGUUCACCGGGUGGUGGUGUCCUCGGCGGUCUCGGCUGGUCUCCAUGGAAACGGCCUCGUCGCACUCCCAACCGACCGGAUGACAAUGUGUACGAUCUGUACGCAGUGUGCAACCACCAUGGCCAGGAUCCCCAGGGUGGCCAUUAUACAGCUUUCUGCCGGAACCCAUACGAUGCCCAGUGGUACUGUUUUGACGACACUCGCGUGGAGCCCGUCUCCGAGACGAGUAUAGUGACAUCUGCUGCCUACAUCCUGUUCUACCAGCGCCGGGGACUGAGCACGGGUUCCUACUCGGCCAGCUCAGCUGCAUCCACCAGCUCGUCGGGCUCUGGGCUUGACCAUUGGGUCUAUCGGAUGCCUGCUUUCAACCACUCCAUUAGCCGCUCUCAGGAAGACCUCUCCAACAAAGAAUCGGAAGAAAAUGCUGCGCCAAAUUUCACUCGUGGUGCUCGUAACUACUCGACGCUGCAACCGCAACCGACAAACAAGCGUUCAGUGGCCACGGAGACGGAAGCCGACCAUUACUCUGAUGAGGAUGCGCCACUUGCCUCUCCCAGGAGUGACUGGCCGAAGGAAGAGCAGAAAUCAGCUGAGAACGAGGUGCCAGUAGAAGUGACACAGAAGGAGUGUGCUGAAGACCAGAGGCAGGAUGUAUCUUGUGAAGCUGGAAUCCCCCCACCCCCACCGAGUGCAGAUGUCCAGCCGCCUACAGUUGUCACGGAGUCGUGUGUGUGACAGGAGGAGGACUUCGUUUUUCCUCACAUCACACUGGUGGCAUCGUUUCCCUGUUUCAUAUUAAACAUAAGUUUCUAUAAGCAGAAGACACUUGUACAAUCUGCUUCGAGGCUGCUGUGAGGACUUUUAUGUGGGCCUGAAAUUGCUCUGUUUAACAGGGAAACAAACCAUUACACCUAAACCGUUACUCGUCGUCGGUUAUCGUGUUAUAGGCUUCUCAUUACGCGGCAUAUUUGCUUUAAUGGCAGUUACCUCACUGAAUUCCAAAGUACAACUAUCAUGAAGUUCUAUUUUAGAUGCCUCUCAAAAGUAAUACUGAAUGCAUAUCAUGAUGUAUUUUCAAGUGUAAUAUUCCUAUUGCACAGUUGUUUAUAUUUCAAGAUCUGUAUAUGAUGUAGUGCAAUUACAGAAUUUUGUAAGUAUGAAAAUAAUACAAAGUAAACAUUUAGUUUGGAAUACAGAGGAGAUUCUUUAACAAUGUUUCAGAUCAUUAUAGAGAUGCUACUUGAACAUGGAUCAUAUUCCACAGUUUGUUUUGAUAUUUGUACUGCAGAGAAAAAGCUCUUCAGCUAAUACAUUAAGAUCAGAUUAAUUGUGGCUUUCUAAAAUGUAUUCAUUUUUUUUUUAAAAGCAUGUCAGCCAUUUGUAAAUUGAAGCAGAAAAUCAAGUUAGAGGCAACCACCAUGGUUGCUAAAAUGUUAGCAGUUGAGCUGGUGACUUACUUAAGGUAAUUUCUUGGUGCAGUUUAUGGAUGGCUGGUUUACAUGUUCUGAAAUUAGCAGUGUGUUUGGAGAUACUUGCACCAAUAUUGAUGCACUUCAUCCAUAAAAAAAUUAGUUCAGACAAGAAUUAUUACCUUCACUUUGUUAACUUUUUAAUCAAUUUAUAACAUACUGAUGGAAUGCCGAAGAUUUUUUUGUAGAUUUUAUAAACAAUGCAGACAAAUGUGACUUAGUCAAGUAACUGAAACCAUAACCACCUAUCAGAAACUGAUGCAACAGUUGUGUACUGGAAUUUUCAACUAUCUGUUAUUGUGAUUAAGUUAUCCUUGGGAGGGGGGAGCAAGUGAGAGAAAGAGAAAGAUUAUAAUUCAGAAACGUGGAUGGAAAAAAAAAUAGGAAGAUGAUGCAAGUGAUGGCAGCUAACCGAAGAUGUAUCGAAAUUAACCAAAUGCUGUUGCAUUUGUAUUUCUGUAAGGGAAUUUGUUUAUGGUGUCAGGUAUUUUGUAAUGAGGACAUUAAUGUAUCUUUCUUAGAAUUUUUUUUUUGUGUUACAGAUUUUUAUUUUUGCAAUAAGAGGCAUAUGUUUAGUUUUACAUACAUGUAGCAAGAAAUGUAAUUUAUUGUCGAUUACAAGUUUUGUCAAUGUCAAUAAACAGAAACUUUAUUACCUGGUAUAGUAUACCUCAUAUUAUCAAAAAUUUCAGAAAUUUUCAUGGAAAGUGUAUUAAUAUUUCUCAGCAUUCAUAUAAAAUACUGAUUAUUUGUUUUACAUGUUUGAAAUACUUGGUGUUGUUUACAUAUUUAUAUUAUCAGUUGCACUUAAAUUGUCAUGGGUGAAAUUACACAUAUUUAAAAAGAAGUCCUUGACUAAAGUAAUGUAGCUUAAGACAAAAAAUCAGCUCUCCCACAUUAAAAAAAGAAAGAAAAAAAAACAUACGUUGGUCUAUACAAAAUCUGCACUCCCCCCUGCUACCUCCCAAGAAGGAGGGUGAUACAAGCUUUGAAGAAAAGUAAUUAAUACCACCUCUCCUACCCCUCAGCCCCAUUCUUCUUAUCCUCCUGAUCCAUAUUCUUUUAUCUCCACUUCUUGUGCACAAGAUCUGAUAACUCAUUAUUUUCUUCCACUUGGUGCUGUACUCCAGUUUCACAUCAAUAUAAGUAGUUCUGGUGUCCAACAACUUUUCUGCAGUUAUGUUGAAAGAAGUACACAUUCAUUUAUAAUUUAAAAUGGCAUAUGAUCAUAAGACAUUUCACAGAAUUUAACUGUAAUGUCUAUUACGUAAAACACAACACAGUAUUAUACAUGUGCAAUCAGAAACACCAUUCUCCCCUACCUUUUCAUGGGGGUCUGAAUGUGACAGUUACUUUGUAAGUUCUACAUAGCCAAGCAAGAUAAUGAGUUCUUUUGUUUUGCAAAUGAACAUCCCUUCCUUGUGAGAAAGAGAGGAAAAAAUGGAAACAAAAUUUGUGGGAAUAGCAAAAAUGAAGGAUGAGUCACAAUUGAGAGAAAUAGAUGGGAGAGUCAUGACAGUAGGCUUAAAAUGUUUUUCAGUGGUCUUUUGGUUGGAUAAUUGCACAUUGAUGGCAAAUAAAUUAUGUAGCAAUUCCUGAACGAUAUCUUUUAACAUUUCAGUGUGUCACGUCCUUUAAUUCACAACUCUUGAAAAAUGAAAUUGAAUACUAGGAGAUUGACAUUUUCUGUCCCUGUUUUUGUGACAUUACAUUUUUUGUACACACUUAUUGUUUUUCUUUGCUUGGUCAUGAAACUCAACAUUAUGUACCAUUUAGACCUUUAAAGUGAACAGGUAGUAUGUUUGCAUCAGAGACAUAUUUAUUUCUCUCCAAUUUGUGUAGAGAAGUGUAUAAUUUAUUGUUGAUUCUGAAAUAGUGAACACUUCUGGCAACUGGAACCUGUAAUGAAACCACAUGUUUGUUGUCAUUAGUCAUUCUGGAAACACGACACUGGCAAAUCUGUGCUCAUGAACUUCACAGUGUACAGUAGAGAUAUCUAAGCUGCCCUCUUUUCUUAUCCUAACAAUCUGGUAUGGUUCAUGUCAUCGACAAAACUCGUUUCACUUACUGGAGCACAGUCGGCCAAAAUUUUCUAUAAUUUUUCUGUGUAUUAUUGUGUUGUGAUGAGAUGUUGGGCAUAGUUGGCCGAAUGAUGUAAAUAUUUGUAAAUAAAUGUAAAAAGACAUGUAAUUAAUUUGCUGAUGAUACCAGUUAGUAAUUACUGAUUUAUUUCCUAGUGUGAGCUAUACAUUUUGCGUUCCAUGGUGAUUGCAUCCAAAGUAUUAUACAACUAGUAUCAGCUUGUGAUAUACGUUAUUUGCCUCUCAGUUUUUGGUAUAAUUAGAUGAGACAUGCUCAUAUGCCGUCAAAUUGAAUCACCUAAUUAAUUGAUGUAUCAGUCUCCCAUCACACACUUGCAUAUAAUUUUGGCACUUGAUGCUGCAAUCGUCUUAUGACAUGUAACAUUCCAAGCCAGUUGGACAUAAAUGUAAAAUGUAAGAGAAAAAAUUUAUUUCUUUUAGAACACUACUUAUCCUUAUCGUCUCAUUGACUUGCACCAGAUAAUUUAACAUUCUGCUUCUUCCAGCAGCAUGAUUACCACUGACUGUUUGUUCCACAACAAUAUUAGUCCUCAUAGUUCAUAGGCAUACUGCAAUAUCCCUUGUCUCUAUCUUUAAAGUUUUUUGUGGACUGUGUCUACACCAUCUUUUAUUUCAUGUUUUAUCUGCAUCUUACAAUGCACACUAUUUAAAACACAUUAUAUGGUUUUGCUUUUUAAUUAACACAUUUCUUUCAUUUUUGCCCAAGCAUCCGUUUCCACGAUCAUCAACCAGCUGUUUGAGACAUUGAUAUUAUUACAUUACUUCUUAGCUUACUAGUGAAGAGAAAUUUACAAUUUUGUAAACUGUUCAUUCUGUAAUUCGUGAUUUUUCUUUACCGAGCGAGGUGGCGCAGUGGUUAGACACUGGACUCG